AUGCAUCUAUCGUGGGCGAGCUGGCAAAGGAUUGCAUCUGGGCCGGUGGUCGUUCCAGAUGCACUGCCCUCGCCCUACGAGUCCACGACGGGCACAAACAUCACCUCCGGCAUAAACAUGGGCCCGGACUCGGGCAUGAGCGCGCGCUGGAUCGUACAGAACCGAUCACAAUGGGACACCUCCCUGCUCGACCUCGCCCGCGGGCGCGUCAGCCACUUCGACGGCCUGGUGCUGGACCCCGCCAUCGUGCCGGAGAUGGUAGCUUCGGGCGCGCUCCUCAGCCUGGAGCCUUUCCUAGCCACGGACCGUUGGCAGGGGCAAUGGCCCGGCAUCCUCUCAGUGCUGCGCUGGCAGGUGGCCAUUACACGCAAUACCAUCAUCCCUCUGGGGGCAGCCGCCGUAGUGCUGCACUACCGCGCGGAUGUGUUGGCCAGACACGACCUGCCCGUGCCGCGAACCUGGGAGCAGCUGCUGAUGGCGGUGCGGGCGGUGCAUGGCCGUCCGGAGGGCCCCGCGGCGGCGGCGGACCCCGGGUUUUACGGCUUCUGCAAGGUGUCAGUCGAGGGUGAGCGAUUGGGUGGCGGCUGGCGCUCUUGA